CUCGGACGUCCCGCAAACCUCAACGACCACGGUCACUGCUAGUACGACGACGACGACGAUUUUGAAACCCGCGAAACAAGAGUGUUGAGAACCUCUGGUUGCGCGCUUGCUGGUUCGUUUCCGGAUUCCAGAUCACACACAAUCAUAAUAACCGUAAUCGUUGUUGUUGUUACCCACCGCACGGUUACAUGGUAGGAAUCUAGAAAUCUCAGAGAGACAUGUCUAUGAAAUACAUAUAUUUACUAUAAAACCGUUUCAAUGAAUAUGACAAGACCGGGCUAUAUGUGUGUCUUUACUAUUACUUUUUUUUUGUUUGUUUGAAUUUAUGGCUCGUUUUUAUUUUCUUUGUGUUUCCAGAUUAAAAAAUGCGUUUGCAGCGCCCCAAACAUCUACGAUCCCAGUUCUCAAGUUCGCAGAUUUAUUAUGCACAUAUUUAUAUAUACUGUGUGUGUUUCUUUAUAUUACAUAUCCGUUUUGUUUUAUGAUUUCAGGUUGAUUGUUUCUCUAGUAGGGCAAAUUAGCUGCAUAAAAACAAUAUUUAUCACAAAAAAAACAUGAAAAGAAAGAUUUCACUCUUAAAUACUGAAACAUGCAAACAAUCAAAAUUCAAAUAUUUUUGGGGGGAUGUUGUUUGGUGGUUUUUUUUAAAUUCCGAGCAGUCGACUUCUUUAACACUAAAAAAAAAAUAAUUAAAUAAUGAUAUUAAUUACUUUUGUUUUUCCCUGUUAUUGAAGGGAGCAGGAAAAGUAAUUUUUAGUGAACCUAUAGAAUCGAAGUGUCUUCAUAUCUGUUCUUUUUUUGUUGUAGAUGUUUCGAACGGCGUAUCAUACAUUUAUGAUAUAAUGCAAACUGGAGAGGUUAUUCCAGGUAAAGGUAUUUCGAGUGUGAACUGCUCUCGACCUGGAGCCAGGAGCAAUACAAUUGCUGGCAUCCUGGGCGGUUCUUUGCCCAAACUAACAACCGAUCAAAUGGAGGCAGUGAACAAAGCGAAAAAAUACGCGAUGGAGCAGAGCAUAAAGAUGGUGCUCAUGAAGCAAACGUUGGCACACCAGCAGCAGCAAAUGGCUAGUCAGAGGACGCAGGUUCAACGGCAGCAGGCUCUCGCCCUCAUGUGCAGGGUGUACGUUGGGAGCAUCAGUUUUGAAUUGAAGGAGGACACGAUCAGGCAAUCAUUCUUGCCUUUUGGACCGAUCAAGUCUAUCAACAUGUCCUGGGAUCCGGUUACGCAGAAGCACAAGGGUUUCGCAUUCGUCGAGUACGAAAUCCCGGAGGCGGCUCAACUGGCGUUGGAACAGAUGAACGGUGUCAUGAUUGGCGGAAGGAACAUCAAGGUGGUCGGCAGACCAAGUAACAUGCCGCAAGCCCAAACAGUCAUCGAUGAAAUACAGGAGGAGGCAAAGAACUACAAUCGGAUUUACGUCGCAUCUAUACACCCAGAUCUGACGGAGGAGGAUAUCAAGAGCGUAUUCGAGGCGUUCGGACCUAUCAUUUACUGUAAAUUGGCGCAGGGGAGCUCCGCUCACAAACAUAAAGGCUACGGUUUUAUCGAGUACGAAACAACUCAAGCCGCAAAUGAAGCGAUAGCCAGUAUGAAUCUAUUUGAUUUGGGAGGGCAAUUCCUGCGCGUUGGUAGGGCUAUUACGCCUCCUAAUGCUCUAAUGGGCCCUUCAUCAGGUUCCAGUAUUAUGCCGACUGCAGCAGCUGUGGCCGCAGCCGCUGCCACAGCUAAAAUUCAAGCUAUGGAUGCGGUGGCGAGCAACGCCGUCGCCUUGGGACUUACCAAACUACCCAACAAUCCUCCGAUAACUACACCCAGUAUGCCUUAUAUACCUCCACCGGGCGUUGCCAUACCGCAGCUCACGAAACCCGUCGCCUCGCAGCCUGUCAUCCCGCCACCUACCGUAAUCACACCCACAGCAAUAUCCAUGGUGAAUUCGAGUUCACAGCAAGAAGCAAUAAAAAGAGCGCAAGAGGCGCAACUGAAACAACAGGAGGAAUUACAAAAAAAACUAUUAGAUCAGAACGAGCCGCAGACUUUGCAGCAGCAGGAGAACAUGUCGAUAAAGGGUCAAAACGCGCGUCAUCUGGUUAUGCAGAAACUCAUGAGGAAAGUGGAUUCCAGAGUGGUGAUACUGAGGAACAUGGUGGGGCCAGAUGAUGUCGAUGAAUCGCUUCAGGAAGAAAUACAAGAGGAGUGCAGUAAAUUCGGUGGCGUAGAACGCGUUAUUAUUUACAACGAGAAGCAAUCAGAAGAUGACGACGACAAUGUGGUUGUGAAAAUAUUUGUUGAAUUUGCGCAAACGAGAGAAGCGGAAAGUGCGAGGGACGCUCUCAACGGAAGGUACUUCGCAGGAAGGAAAGUCCGAGCCUCGCUUUACGAUCAGACGCUCUUCGAUCACAGCGAUUUCUCCGGUUAAGUUCUCUAAUACCUAAUACUUAAUUUAAUUGAUUUUUUUUUACUGUAAACAAAUUGUAAAUAUU